AUGGCCGACAAGAAGACACGGCGGGACCACGAGUCUGAGGUCCGCUCCUGGGGCUUCGACCACGUCUUCACGUGGUCCGACGGCCCCAACGCCCACUACGCGCCGCACUCCCACGCCGGCGUGACGACCCACCUCAUCCUCAAGGGCCAGUUGACCUUCACCUACCCCAAGGACGAGAAUCCUACCAAGCAGACGCUCGGUGUGGGCGAGAGGUGGGACGUCGAGGCUGGCAAGGUGCAUGAGGUCUGGGUGGGCGGCGAAGGGUGCACCUAUGUCAUUGGGGAAUGGGGUCAUGGCAUCAGCUGGUCAGGCAGCUUCCAAGCCAUCCGUGGAAUCAGCGGCACUUCAUCCGUCAUCGAAGCGCUUUACAACGAGAAGAACAUCAGCUUUGAGACUAUAUACAUGACCUUCUCUCUCAUCGCACAAUUUCUCACCGAUUGGGCACGUCAGAGCAAUAACAUGUGA